AUGGACCAGUUUGUGAGCUACGUUAUGGCCACAGGUGCCGACCGAGCAGAGCUGCUGCGGCUGCUCCGUGAAAAACACAAGGAGUACGAAACUCCUGCCGAGGAGCGCCAGGGCUCGGACAGGGCGUCCAGCACCGAGUCACUCCCGGUGAAACAAGAAAGCGAGGACCAUUUACACCCGCUUUUCCGCGAAAACAUGGCCGAUAGAUUCCAGGAACCGGACCUGCACACCCAGUUGCAAAAUCACAACAUCAACCUGCCGUCGAUGGACGAUGCCCACGUGAAGGAGCUCAAGUCGCAGGUAGCCAAGGAGUACGAGACGCUGGCAAGGCAAUUUGCGGCGGCCCGAAUAGCCAACAUCGACCAGCUCGUCGAGAAGAUCGACGAUGCCAUCAGCUCCACCAAGGAGGAUUUCGUGUAUCUACAGCGACAGAUGGGUGUUUUAAACGCAGAUGGGUUUGAGAAUCGGCCUGUGGUGGAGUCGCCGGCGUGUGACCCGGAUCUUUUCUACAACUACUUCGCAACCAGUUACGCAGACAAGAUGAAGCUUUUGAACCAGAUCGCAGCGCUGACGGCGCAUCGGUUGGAGGCGAUCGACCGCGAGACUGACACCAACAUUGAGAUCGUGCACAGCCAGUACAGAACCGCCCUGUUGGAGAACAGGGAAGCGUUGCAGCAGCAGAUCCAGGCGAACAUCGACGAGCUGAACGCCGAGUAUCCGGUGCAGACGGGCGAAUCGUCGGGCGCGUGCGCGGUGCCCGAAAACGAGCUCAAGUCGCGCAAAAAACGCUCCAGCUCGCUCAUAAAUCUGGCCGACAUCGCCCAGGUAUACGGCGACGACAAAUCCUGA